AUGGCAUCGCUUGAUCCCCGAAAUGGAAAGGCCGUCAUUUCGGAGGUCGGAACCUUUCCUCGGGGGCAGUCUACAACCAUUGAAUCGAAUGGUGGAAAUACCGGACCGCGCGAGGUGACAUACUACCACGGAACGGCUUGGAACAAGCGAGAGACAAGGCUGGAGAAAAAGCGAAACGGAAAUAAUUUUGGCGAUCAGAUUCUCGAAGUACCCAUCGUUGAUGAGUCUCUUUACUCUCAACAUCCGGAUCAAAAACAAAAAAGUUGCACCUGCUUUUUUUUUUUUGCUUUUCGCUUCUUUUCAUUCAUUCUUUACAGAUCAACAGCUGUUGCAGAUGCCACGGGACGUACGGACGGAGGGCUCCCGUCAGGCUAUGGGACAGUUGUGAACGACUCGAGAGACAGGAUGAAGCGGCAAACACAGGACGAGUCGCAGCCCCAAACGGACGGCGCAAUAUCCCAGGAAGACCAGAUUUCAGUGCAAGUCACGGUAGCCGCAGCUGCUACCGAUAAUCCUCAGACUACACCUGAUGCCGCAGUAGUAACGCCCUCGGCGACAACUGGUAUUAGCGAGCCCACAGCGUCAGAAGUCACCCCUAACCAAAGCUCACCGGCUGUUCCGACUACCUUUUCCGAAGAAAACCUGACUGCCUCUACUGCUUCACCUACCCCCACAACUGAUACCCCCUCUGAGACGACGAGUCAUGAUUCAUCGACUUCGCCUACUUCUCUUCCUGUGAUAUCUUCUGCUUCCGACACUUCCGCUUCCCAAAUACCUCUCUCGCCUAUGAACUCGAGUGAGACCCCUCAGUCAACUUCUAGCACGAUAGUCUCCUCUACAACAAGUUCUUCGUCAUCCAGUUCCAGCCAAACUUCGUCUACGUCUAAUUCCAGCUCAAGCUCAUCUUCCAGCACAACGACAACUUCCUCAACUUCUACGUCCGCUACAACCUCUACCACAUCUGAGAUUACUAUAACUUCGUUGCCCUCCGGCACCGGAGGCGGCGCCUCAUAUGGCUGGGAUGGAGGAUCGGGGCCGACAGCUACCGAACAGACAUCUUUGACUACUGGACCGACUACUUCAGCGACAAGUUCUCCUUCCCAGGGCUCUGGCGUUGUCGACAGUCAAACCAAGGGCAAAAUUGCUGGCGGUGUAGUGGGUGGCGUAGCUGGUGCUAUGGUUUUGGUAGUCCUAGUUUUUCUACUUCUCCGGAAACGGAGAGCAUAUCAAGAUCGUGCCCCUGAAGUCCUUCCACCCGGUGAUAUGACUGGUACUGCUGUUGGUGAAGGAUCUGUAACAAGGUCAGCUGAUGUGGUUUCGCGGCGGUCUAGCAAUGAUCCGUUAUUUACGGCCUCAUACUUUGCGCCAGCGUUUAUGAAGCGUUGGAGACAAUCGCGCCUCUCUACUCAUACAGAAAGCACCUUAGAUUCAAGCACCAGCGAGCGUGGCUUCCAGAAGAUUUCCGGCCGGAAGAUACCCUCCGUGCUACAGUCAGGAGGAGAUGGAUAUGGUGGUGGUUUCUCGGAAGGAUCGCCGACUAUAUCGGAGCCAAGUGUGAGCUUCCCGCCAGGUUCACCGGUCCUUCCCCGCUCACCUACCUCUCAACCGCCUCCAUCAACCCCAUAUGGCAUGCCGCUGGACGUGAGUUAUACAAGGGAAGCCGAGGAAACAAAUCCCAUAGUGAUUUUUCGGCCCUCGCCGGCCAGGACACCUAUUCCUGGCUCCGCAAAUGCCAGUCUAUCUAACGAACCUUCUGUAUCGCGCAUCGUGCCUCUGGCGCAGGGGGCAUUGUCUCCCACCAUACCUAAGCGACCGGAUGUACUGGGUCGAAGUCAUCCAAGUUUUGAUGGUAGCCGCGGCAGCCGAUUUACCGAGAGUAUAUGA